AUAAUGGGUCUCUUUUAUGGGUUUUUUAAGUUAAAAAGGUCUUUAGUCGGGGCUGUUUUUUUAUACAUGUAUUCGGCGAUUUUGUUUCCUUUUACUUGUUAUUUCGUUAUGACUGGGAAAUGCAUUUUAAUGGAAUGGGAGAUUCUAUCUGUGAGUAGUACUAGGAUUAGUUUGCUGGUUUUGCUAGAUCCAAUUGGUUUGAGGUUUAGGAAUGUGGUUUGUUUUAUUUCUGCAUGUGUUUUAGUUUUUUCGUCUUAUUAUAUGGCGGGAGAUUAUUUUUUAAGUCGUUUUAUUUGGCUGGUGAUGAUAUUUGUGCUGUCAAUGAAUUUUUUAGUAUUUAUUCCUAGUUUAAUUUCUUUGCUUAUUGGCUGGGACGGCUUAGGGGUUGUUUCUUUUGCUUUAGUUAUUUAUUACCAGAGGAGGAAGUCCCUUUCUGCUGGGAUGCUAACUGCCUUAGUAAACCGAAUUGGGGAUGUGACUUUAUUGUUGGCUAUUGGGUUUAGUGUUCUUCAGGGGCACUGGAAUGUGCUGUUUAUGUGGGAUACCGAAUUGUCUAUUUUAGUAAUUUUUUGUAUUUUGGUGGCUGGGAUGACUAAGAGAGCCCAGGUUCCGUUUUCUAGGUGGUUGCCUGCUGCCAUGGCAGCACCUACUCCUGUUUCGGCUUUGGUUCAUUCGUCUACUCUGGUUACUGCUGGAGUGUUCCUGUUUAUUCGGUUUUUCCCUUUUGUGAGUUCUUUUCAUGGGUUUAGUUCUAGGUUGUUAUUUGUGUCGGUUUUGACUAUGUUGAUGGCCGGGAUUGGGGCUAACUAUGAGUUUGAUUUAAAGAAAGUUAUUGCCCUCUCGACUUUGAGUCAGCUAGGGGUUAUGAUGGCUAGAUUGGGGUUGGGAGCCCCAUAUUUAGCAUUAUUUCAUUUGUAUACUCAUGCCUUAUUUAAGGCCAUGUUGUUUUUAUGUGCAGGGGGGAUUAUCCACAAUAAUAGUGAUAUUCAGGAUUUGCGUUGCCUUGGUGGGCUUUGAGGGCAAAUGCCGUUGAGGGUCGCGUGUUUAAAUGUCGCGAAUUUGGCUUUGUGUGGUGCUCCUUUUUUGAGUGGGUUUUACUCCAAGGAUUUAAUUUUGGAGAGAAGUCUAUUUAGUCCUUGUAAUUUGGUAAUACUUUUCUUGAUUUUUUUGGCUACUGGGAUGACAGCUGCGUAUAGGGUUCGUUUGUCAAUUUACUCUCUCUGGGGUCAAAGUAAUCAUCGUCCGUUGCAUCAAAAUUUUGAUGAGAGAGGGGAGGCGACCUGGCCGGUUGUGAUUUUGGCCUUGAUUAGGUUGUUUGUGGGGAAAGAGAUGCAGGGGUUGUUUGUUGAGUUUAAUUGUAGAUAUGUGUUUCCAGUGAGGUAUAAGUUGUUAGUAGUGGGAGUUGGUUUGGUUGGAGUUUGGCUGUCUGUGAUGGCCUGGCGUUCCCCAGUUUUAGGUGAAGGUCAGGUUGGUUUUAGUUUCCUGUCUGGCUUUUUUUCGUGAAUAUGGUUUUUAGUUCCUUUAUGUACCCAGCCAGUUGUCAAAGGGCCCUUGCGAGCAGGCGGUGAUUUCUUUAAGUACUUGGAUCAGGGCUGAUUUGAGGUUGGUGGCGGUAGCGGUGUAUUGUUUAUAGUUAAAGAAGGGUCUCGGGGUAGCGAGUUUUUCCAGCAAAAGCUUAUUAGUUUUUUGGUAAUGAUGGUGGUGUGAUCUGCUGUUUUGAUUUUAUUUUGGGUUGUUGUAUAG